GAAUCGAAUUUAGUAUUCAAAAUCAAAUCGAAUAUUAAAAUAUUUUCAUAAAUAUGAAUCAAAUAUGGCGUUAUUCGCUUCGAUUAGAUUACAAUCCUAUUCCCGAGCUAAAACACAAAAUCCAAAUUACAGAAGUGACAUUAAAUUUUUACCCCCAACUCCCACAUGAUUGAAAUGCUCGAUUUAAGUCCAUCAAAUGGCCGAGAGAUAUAUGCACUUACUAAGAAAUUGUUUGAAAUAGUUUAUUUGGGGUAAUUAAGAUAGUUGGUACAACUUCAAUUAUUUGAUAUCAUACAGGCCAAGCAUGAUACACGAUGGGAAGAAAAAAUCAGUAACCUACAGUCAAUUAACAAUUUACCCUAUUUAAUUGGUUCACAGCCUCAAAUGAACAUCACUCUCCCACCAAUUUAUACAUACACACACACAGAGUGAUCAGAAGAGUUGAAGUUAAAGAGUUGAUAUGAAUAAAGGUGGAAGAAAAAUGAGUGAAGAAAAUGAGGUUCAUGUUGUGAUGCUGCCAUGGCUGGCAUUUGGUCACAUGAUCCCAUACUUGGAUCUCUCUAUUGCCUUAGCCAAAUUUGGCAUUCAUGUCUCCUUCAUCUCUACUCCCCAAAACAUUGCAAGACUCCCCAAAAUCCCACCAAAUCUGUCAAAAUUCAUCGAAUUCGUGCCCCUUCCUCUCCCCAAGCUCGAUUCCGAUCCCCUGCCGGAGAAUGCUGGAGCCACGACCGACAUUCCGGCAGACAGAAUGGAUGACUUGAAGAAAGCCUGUGAUCUCCUCCAGGAGCCCAUCAGCAAUUUUAUUGCUAAGAAGUUACCAAACUGGAUAGUGGUUGAUUUCUUUUACCACAAGGUGCUUGAUAUUGCAGAAGAAUUGAAUAUCCCUGUAAUAUUUUACCUUAUAGUAACUGCUGCCGCUGCUGUUUUCUGUUGGAAACCUGAGUUUCUGGCUGGUGAGGGCCAAAGACAGACGAGGACGUCGCCUCAGGACAUGACAGUUCCUCCAAAUUGGGUUGAUUUUCCCUCACAAGUAGUAUGCAGGAAUCAUGAAGCUACAGCUAUGCAUAAUCUCUUGUAUGGUGCAAGCUCAUCUGGAAUUCAAGAUGGAGCACGCAUGACAAGAAUAGCCCAAGGAUGCCAGGCAUUUGCUUUACGCACUUGCCUGGAACUCGAAGCUGAUUAUUUGAAACUAUACUCGAAAAUCACUGGCAAGCCGGUGAUUCCAAUGGGAUGUCUUCCACCUCAGAAGGUGGAGGAGAGGAGAACUAUAGGGGAAGAGCCGUGGAGUGGGGUCUUUGAUUGGCUUGACAAACAAAAGCCAAAAGCAGUAGUGUUUAUCGGGUUUGGGAGUGAAUGCAAAUUGCAGAGAAAGGAGAUUCAUGAGAUAGCAUAUGGGAUUGAACUAUCCGGGCUUCCCUUCAUAUUUAUACUGGCAAAGCCUCUUUGGGGUGGUGAUGAUGAUGAAGUAGUGCCCCCAGGAUUUGAGUCCCGGACAGCAGGGAGGGGCGUCGUGCAGAUUGGAUGGGCGCCCCAGAGGGAAAUCCUUGCCCAUCCUUCAAUAGGAGGUUCGUUGUUUCAUGCAGGGUGGGCUUCUGUUGUGGAAAAUAUGGCACAUGGAAACUACCUUGUGCUGUUGCCAUUCAUCUUCACUCAACCAUUGGAGACAAGGCUUCUAGUUGAGAAGGGUUUGGCAAUAGAGGUCGAACGAGCUGAAGAUGGAUCUUUUACAAGAAAUGGCAUAGCAAAUGCAUUGCAAAAGGCAAUGGUCGCUGAGGAAGGAGAAGCACUAAGAGCCAGAACAAAAGAAGCUGCUGAUGGGAUUUUCGCAAAUAAAGAAUUCAACCAUAGUUAUAUGAAGAGGUUUGUGGAGUAUUUGAAAGAUGGGGUUUACGAGAAGAAGUAAGUUCUAAUGGGAGUAUUCGCUACAUAUCUGUUGUUAUUAUGCUUAUUUUACUACAGUUAUUCAAGCUAAUGCUUUUACUCCAAGUCCCUUAGCUAUAACUGUUUUCUAUGUAUGAGUUUGCUAUGUUACUAUGUAUCUUUGUAUUUGAUCAACAUGAAUAAUACCAGUUGCUUUAUCCAUGUA